UUCUGUUUUUUAUCAAUCAAAAUUCUGUCCGUAUAAUAAGCUUCUAAUACUUCACUCUACAAAAUUACCGUUUCAGAAUAUUUUUUUUCAUAUCUCUACUCUGUAAAAAUCGACUUUCAAUUUUUCACUUUAAAAGCUGAUUUCUCAGUAACAACAAAUGCGGUACUAUUACUGAACCCAUUUUAAAGUACAAAAAUCAUUUCUGUAUGUGUCAUAUGCUACGGUUUUGCCUAAAAGUGUAACGCGUCGACGGUAUGCCCGUUUCCGCAGAAGGACCGAGUUGCUAGCCACUUCGCGUUAACUUGAAAGUGUGCACGCCUUUGUCCCUUCAGUUACCUUGCCGUGCUGGCAAAGGGACCAGACAUAUAAGUACUCCUAUGUUCCCGCAACGAAAUGAAAACUGGAACUCUUAUCUCCCAUAUGUCCGGCCAUUGAUGAUCCCGAAGAUGUCCGCUUAUGACUGACACAGAGCUUCGAGAUGUAUCAAUAAAAUCAGACUGUGUUCACUGUACAAAUUCAAACAGCGGGUCUACAGUACCCUGUACACAGCAGAGCAUGGUCUGCUGAGUGCUGAAACUCGAUUUUUAGUGAAUUACUUCGCGCAGCCAGAGCUAAAAUACCGCGUAUCAAUCACAUCUUUUUAUUUUAAACGUGAUCACAUGUCUGCGGAGUCCGAUUCGACUCGAUGUCUGGAUAAAUUCAUGCCGUGAUGCCCAUGUCCAAGAAUUUGGCUCGUUCCACGGUGUCCAGUCGUGCGCACCGCGUCCAUCCGAUGCAGUACCGCAACCAUUCGCCUGUUGCGCUGCCUGUCCCGAUGCGAUCGCGCCCGUUGCAGCGUUCGCAAUCCUGGACCCGGAGUAAUUCGCGCCGAUCAGAAAAUUUUAACCAAUCCAAUGUGUAUUCCGAAUCGGAGUCCAGCGCCGAUACGAUCAGUGUUAACAAGACGGAUUUCGACAAUACACUAGAUUUACUGAAGCAGUUGAACGGUCAGCUGGAAGCGGAGAAGAAACAGAAUGCGGUCUUGUUGAGGGAGCUGGAAAAGGAGCGGCUGUAUGGGAAAGAUCUGGAGGCGCGUCUGGAGCGGAAUCGCCAGGCAGUGAAUCCCAGUAAUCAACCUUCCGAAUCCAAGAGGCGGAUUCUGGAUAAUGCCAGCAGCCAGGGGGACGGGACAGCGCAGGAAAAUGUGAAAUUAAGGAAUCUCUUGAAACAGUACGCCGAGGCUGUGCAUGAUCUGAAAUUGGUUACUAGAGAACUGCAUAAUGAUCACCGCAGCGUCAAGGAAAGUUUUGGGGAAAAUGCCAGUGAAUUACAUACACUGCAGCACAUUGUACGGGAACUCGCACUGACAGCGGAUGAUCUCCAAAAAAAGCCCAGUGUAGAUGCGACGCAGGAUUACUGCAAUCUGCGCCGUGCCAAUUUAGAACUCCAGUCGCGAUAUCAGAGUGUCGCCAGAGAAUUGACCCAGGCCAGGCAGGAAAUGCACCUGCUGCGGCGCGGUGCCGCCGGCCCUGGCUCCGGCAAUGGACCAGCGGAAGUGCGGAUGUUUGAGCAACUGUACGACGCUAUAGCCGAGGCCCGUACGGAAGCCAUAUCUCUUGCCAAAUCCCCUGUGGAUUCAUCCGAGUUUUCCGGCUGGUUCGAUUCUCUCUGUAAGGAUAUCGAGAUGCGUUUGAUGAUAAACAAAACGCGGACAAGCCAAGAAAACUUCCGCUGAAAUGACCGUGAAAUGUUGACCUUCAUCGUUAAGAGGUGUGCGUCAACUAACUAACUGGAAUAGCAAUUUUGGGAACACUUUUGUUUUGCGGUGCUGAUGACGAGUUGUAUGAGUCUGUUCUUGUGCCUGGACCAGCCUGGUUAUAGCUUUUAUCGUGACGCCAGACCUGCCCGAGAGUUGCGUCGGAAUCUAGUUUAACAGCCGCAGUUUCGCAGUGUUUUUUUGUACGUAAUAGAAAAGUUAAUUAAAAUUAAAGGGCA